ACCACAUUGGACCAGGUCACCACAACUGGUGGGCAGGAUAUGGGUCUGAAAUGAUGGCAGAUGUUAGUGAAUAGAAAAAUGAGAUGAAAUAAAGGGACAAAGACAUAUAGACAUGAAUCUUUUCAUGAGAAAUGUCUUCAUACAGUAUGUAGAUAAAAUGAAGAACAAGCACACUAAUGGCUGAAAUAUGAGACAGAGGCAUGGUUCAGGAUUUGGCAAAAGUGAGGAACAAAACAUGGCAGAAACAGAGAGAGAGGCUGAACAUUAUUAACAGUAACAGUUAUUUAUUUUUGAAAGAAGAAUUGGAAGAGUAAAUUAAACAACUAGCCAAGGUUUUCAAGGUUUUACAAAAAAUUCUCCCCUUUUUGCAUUUUGACAAGUAGAAACAAAUUUUCACAAAUUUGAAAGUGGGUUUCAGACAGUGUUAAGGCUUUACCUAAAGCUUUUACAACAGUAAGAGUUGAUUUACUCCGAAGAAAUGUGGGGUGAUUUCUUUUAAAUUCAAUACAACCCAUGUAAAAAAGAUGGCACAUAACUCUUUUCAAUAUUCUGCAAAAAAUGCUAUUAGCUCCUUUUUUGUUUUUCACUCUGUCGAGCUGCUUUCAAGGUCAAGAACAACUUUAUACACUGUGUAGUUGUCAGUGACAGCUAAUGCAGUGACAGCUUCCGACCACCGGUGGCAGCACCGAGCACAUUGCUGCAGAGUGAGCUGCACCGUAGUGCCUGAGCAAAGUACGUAGGGCGUUAUUAUCGUGGAGUUUCAUGUCGUAUUUGCUUUAAAGAAAUCUCCUACAGUUCGACUUGUUUCUGCUACUUCACGUUUUCCUCCUGGCAAGAUGUCUAUGACCAUGACCAAGGCUGAAGGGGUCACUGUGUUCACUUUGACCUCUGACCCCCAAAGCACUUGUCCUCCACUGUGCCAAAUCCUCAAGGGCCUUUGCUACAGCCCCGUGUGCUGCUCUGUGUCUCAGCACUUGAGGAGGAUCCAGAGAACUUCUCAGUCAGUGCUGGGGGCUCUACAUAUUAUGGUUGGGUUGCUCAACAUCGGCCUUGCAGCGAUCCUCUGUGCUAGUCGUAGUGGCUCGUCGUGGCAAAUGGAUAGCUCCUUGUUUCCUUUUUGGUUUGGAGGAUUGUUCAUGUUAUUUGGUGUCAUGAGCAUUUUGUCUGAGAAGUAUCCCAGUCCAUGUCUGGUCAUCCUCAAUGUGAUUCUGAAUCUAGUCGGAGUUUGUUUUGCCAUCGCAGCCAUCGUACUCUACAGCAUGAAUAUAGCAAACAUAUGGGUGGGGUGGAUGUGUAAUGAAGACUAUAUGUCAGCGUAUAGUGUCCGAACUCCAUCUCCUCGUGAGGACAUCGUACAAGAGAAAUGCCUGGAGGGCGCAGCACUGAUUCUGAUGCUUCUGAGGAGCAUCAAUGCUGUGCUGAUUGUCCUGUCAGUCCUGGAGCUCUGUGUCACCAUCAGCUCUGCUGUGUUGGGGAUCAAGGCUCUGAGUAGCAGUGAGAAGAAAGAAAACAAGAGUACUGAUGACCCAGAGAUCUACAAACCACUACUGGAGGAAGUUACCAGUAACCCUACAGCUUAAAUGAAAAUAAAAAAAGCUUCACUGUAAUAUGUUUCUAUAAUCCUGUGCAUUUACACCAAUGACUGGAUGCACUCUUACGUCAAUGACUAUAACACAUAAUGCAAUAUACGGUAUAGUCUCUGCUUAAUGUUCGGUCUUUUCCAUCCACUGUUAAUUAAAACAUUUGCGCUUGGCUAUAUUCUACACUAUAUUAUAUAUGCUGCUGUCCAUUUCAUUCUUUGUUAAUGUUUUUAUAAAAUGGUUCUGGUUUGAUUAUGAUUUUCUAUCGGGUAAUGUGCCUUAGAGUCAGUAUGUUUGUUGGUAAAACAAAGCCGUUUUAAAAAAAAGGCAUAAAAACAAUUUACUAUUGUACACACACAGUUGUUUGUAUUUCUGUGAUCAGUUUAAUUACUAGUAGUAAAAAGGUUUGUAUUGGUUGGGCUCUUGUUAUAUAUAUGUAUUUUCGUGUGUGUUUUUAACUUAGAAUGAAUGAAAUUAAAUCCAUCCAUUGCAAUUAAAAUAUUUCACACUGUUUAAUUUCACGUCAGCAGAGCCGUAGCUAUCAGUUUUACAGGCUGAUUCUAAUUUGAUAUAAUAUUUUACUGUUUUAGCCACAAUAUAUAAAUCAAAAUGAAAGGAAUUAUUUCUCCACUUGGACCAAUUCCCUGGUGGUUAGAGAACGUCCUGGAAACGGCCUCUAUAAAUAAUUGUAGUGAGAUAAGGUUUCCACCUUCAACGUGGAAAAAUAUGGGACACUUUAGCAGCGGCCUCAUUUCAUGGGGAACACAAAUUAAGUGGGGGGUCUUCCCCCCAUGAGAUUAUGAGUGUCACUCAAACUGUGACACUUACUUUCCUGCAUUCUGGUGAAAUGUUAAACACCAAUUAGUCUUUUUUAUGCAUCAGUUUAAAAUUACUCUGAACAUGAAUGUAAAGGAAAUAAAGGAUCAAAACAUCAAAUCAUAGACAUGGGAAAAACGUUUGUCAAUAUAAAAUAAAUGACUUUUUAGUGUGAAACUGAUCAGAACAGCUGUCCUGGAUGUAGGCACUGAAAUGAAGAUCAACCUGUUCUAAAGUGAGGGAAAUGUGAAGAAACAAAAAAAGAAAUACUUUAUCUAAUAUAUAUACAUAUAUAUAUAUAUAUCUUAUACUGUAUAGAGGCAUGUAAUUUUAACCUUGAGUUAACCUUGAGUCCAGCUCUUUUCAGGAAAGAUGAGGUAGCCUAGCCCUGGGAACAACUGUACAGUUCUGGGGGUUUCAUGAAUUUACUGAUUGCACUCAGCGUCCUCUGCUCAGGCACUGCUCUGAUGUGGUAGUCCUCUGCUGAAUGCUGUUUCAGUCCAAAGUUACAAAUAUCUGCAAAUAAGGACCUAUUUGUCCUAUGUGCCCCACCCCUCUGGUUUUCUUUCUUUCUUAUAACAUAUCUAUUACAUAUAUGUGUGUAUGUAUACAUAAACGGUUGAGUUUGGAGAGGUUUGUUUUGUAUCAAAUAUUGAAUAUAAAAAUAAAACUUGAUGAUAUAUUGAA